AUGGCCGGCAGCGACGCAGCCGUGCAGCUCACCAAUGACGACGCUCAAGUGUCGAAGCUGUCGUGCGUGAAGAAGGGGUACUUCAAGGACGACUUCGUUCACUUUUUCGUGCGGCGAGCGCAGCGCAGGCCACCGCUCAUCAACCGAGGAUACUACGCGCGGUACAGCUGCAUCAGGGACCUCCGCGAGCAGUUCUUCGACGCGUGCAAGGGCCGGAAGUGCCAGGUGCUCUGCUUGGGCGCCGGGUUCGACACCGCAUAUCUGCAAAGCAAGGCGGAGGGCGGGGUCCCGGAAACGUGCGAGUGGUUCGAGGUGGAGUUCCACGCGGUCUGCAGCCGAAAAUGCAUGGCGUUUGAGAAGCACCCGGAGCUGAAGCGCGCGGUGGGGGACGACGGGCAGGUCGCCGUGGACGUCGACGCGGGGAAAAUCACCGCCCCGCACUACAGGCUCGUCCCGGGCGACCUCAGGCGGCUCGAGCAGGUCUCGCAGGCGCUGCUCGCUGCCGGGUUCGACCCCGCGCUGCCUACGCUGGUCGUCCUGGAGUGCGUGCUCGUGUACCUGGAGCCGGAGGAAGGCGACGCGGUCGCGCGCUGGGCCGGCAGCUUCCUCGCGGGCGAGGCCUGCUGCGUCGUGUACGAGCAGGUCAACCCGCACGACAGCUUCGGGAAGCAGAUGCUGCUCAACCUCGAGGCGCGCGGGUGUCCGCUGCGGGGAAUCUUCGGCACGCCGACGCUCGCGGCGCACGAGGAGCGCUUCCUGCGCGGCGGCUGGACGAAGGCCCGCGCCACGGACAUGCGCGCCGCGUACGUCGGCUGCACGGACCCCGCGGACCGCCUGCGUGCCGAGAGAUUGGAGAUCUUCGACGAACUGGAGGAGUGGAGCCUGAUUCAGGAGCACUACUGCAUCACCGUGGCGUACAAGGAGCCGGCGGGCGCGGGCGCGGACGCCGCCACCGCGCUCUCGGCCGUGGGGCUCAAGCGCAGGCUGCCGCAGGCGCCGCCGUUCGGGGGGGGGUUGCCGGGGCGCCCUGGGGGGCUGCCGUGCGCGGACUAG